CUUCUUCGUACCAUGACGACCGCAGCCUUUGGCUAUCUAUCUCUCUUUCGAAAAUCAGCCAUGGCGUUUGGGUCUCUCCCAGUAUCACGUCUUGCGUUUACAGAAUCGGCGAGGCACAUGGCCACCAACACCAGACCUCUCCAUCCGCCAAUGGGCAUUCCAGGAUCUUUACGGCAUUUUACAAGUCUCCGAGCCUCGUCGAGCGACAACGUCAAGAUCGAAACAACAAAAUCUCCAGUUCCCAUAACGCUCCUUAGUGGAUUUCUGGGAACCGGGAAGACGACAGCGUUGAAGCACUUGCUCGAAACGAACGACAACAAAAAAAUCGGGGUCAUCGUCAACGACGUUGCCGCCGUCAAUAUUGACGCCAAGCUGAUUCAGUCACAGAGCUCGGAUAUGGUGGAACUGCAAAAUGGAUGUGCAUGCUGCUCCUUGGCGGAUGAACUGUUCUUCUCGGUGGAGAAGAUCUUGUUGGGUCGCGACCUCGAUGCUAUUGUCGUGGAACUUUCCGGAGUCGCGGACCCAAUGGCCAUUCGAAACAAUUGGAAAAUGGCCCCAUCGGAAGUUCGCGACAUGGCAGAUAUUGCACGAGUCGUGACGUUGGUAGACUCACAAACCUUUGGGACCGACUACAUGACGUGGGAUACUGCCGCCGACCGACCGGGAUGGACCAACCCAGUCGAUCCGUGUGCAGGUAACGCCAAGGUUGCCGAGCUCUUGGCCGAACAGGUUGAAGCCGCCAACCUUGUACUCAUCAAUAAAUGCGAUCUUUCAAAUGCGGAAGAAGUGCUGGUAGCAGAAAAGGUCACGCGGGCACUGAACGGCAAAACCAAUGUCGAAAAAGUAGUCUUUGGAAAGAUUGCCCCGAAGCUGAUACUUGGAACGGUAGAAGAGAUUACCGCAGCCUGCACGGACCCGGCUUGCGACGACGAAUCACACAGCCAUUCACACACCCAGGAUCACGGUUGCAUGGAAUCGGGAUGCAACGAUAGCUCGCAUUCACACGCGCACGAUCACGCGUGCGUGGAUGCCGGCUGCACCGACGUGUCACACGAACACAGCCAUGCGCAUUCGGAGAGUACCUGUGCCGAUCCAGAUUGUACCGAUGCAACUCAUGAGCACACUCAUUCCCAUAGUACGUCUACGGAUCAGUUGGGUAUUGUCAACUUCGUCUAUAAGGCCGCUGUUCCCUUCGAACCGAAGCGAUUGAUGACGAUGUUGGAGACGUGGCCCAUACCUCUUAAGGAUACACUUGAUCUAGGUUUCUUGCAAGAAGAGCAGACCAAAGUCUUGUUCGAGGACGGUAUGGACGAAAGCCCUUUUAGCGGCGUGCUGCGGAGCAAGGGAUUUUGCUGGUUCGGGCCGUCGAAAUGGAGUGGGGCCAACAGUGAUGCAUGGCGACACGAAACUGCCAUGUACUGGUCACAUGCCGGUAAACACUUUAGCAUCACGUCCGGUGGCAAAUGGUGGGGAACCAUGCCACGGGAAAAGAUGACAAAAUUCUUUGAUGAAAAUAUGGCAGAGUUUGAUCGCAUUGUGCGGGAUGAUUUUGUCUCAGAGGAGUUCGGCGACCGUCGGCAGGAGAUUGUAUUUAUAGGAAUCGGAUUGAACGAAAACGAGAUACGAGCGGCUAUGGACGAAUGUCUAAUGACCGAAAGUGAAAUGGCCAAGUACAGGCAAAAUCUGCAGAAUCUUUUGGCCACAACUAUGGCGACAUCGUCGGGUCCGAGUCUCUUUGAUGUGGGUACGAUUGACCAUGCUGAUACGAAGUAAACUUAGAGUGUAUGCAUUGGAUGUAAUUCGAUUUUCUAAAAUUUACAGCGAUUCUCCUUUUUCGUAUGCAUUAAUACAACUUACACUCUCUAAUGUAGCAUCUGCUUUCAAAAAUGAUUAGUUUCGACAAUAAAUACCUCCCGUUUACAACCCUUUCGGAUCAGAUAUAUCCGCCGAGCUACUGCCCGCACUAGCUCGUCGCAAGCCUCGAAAGAUACUGGGAACAAAAGAUCGUUUAUCUGAGCUGUCGGAUUUUCGACGGCUGAGAAAGGAGAUACGCCGCUGAGGCUCUUCGUCGCUCUCUUCGUCGAUGCUCAUGCUGCUGACAUCGGACCGUUUUCUUCCAAAAAACAACGACAUCCGUUGUGCCGUAGGGGUUUUUAUAUCUUCGCUGCUUUCCAACGGCUUCUUGCGUGGAAAAGCAAAGGGCAUCUUAGAACUAAAGUGAUCGCUUUCAUCACUAUCUCUGUCGGCAAUUCCUGGUAUGCCAGGAAAUAUCGACUUCGGCCAAUCGCCUUUCCCUUCAAUUCCAGCCUUGCGACGUCGUUCUCUCAUGCCUUCAACUAGGUCCUGUGCCGACAUCUCGUCCACGUCAUCGCACUCAUGGCUGUUCUCGGCUAUAACAACAGGGAAUUCAGGCGACUGAAACGACUCUGAGCUCCUGUUGAAGGAUUCGUUGCCGCUGAACGAGCCGUUGUACGAGCUGUGACCAUUCCAAGAAGUAUGCCCAUGCUUUUCGAAGCUGUUUUUCCUGUUAAUUUUUUCUUGACGAUCGGAAAAUGAGCUGGAUUUGCCGAUCGAACCGAUUGAUAAACGUUGACGAGCGGCUUGGAAGCCCUCUUGGAGUUGUUUCGAAGCGGACU